AUGAAGCUUAUUUCGCGUCAACGAUGGCUCUUAUUAAUAUUGAUCGGACUGCAACUGUUGGCCCUGAGUUGUUAUGCACAAGACUCGGAUGGUGCCAGCAAAGCGGUUAGCGAUCCAUCGCACAAUGACGCUGCACCCGCUUCCAGCGAUGCAGGGGGCGAUCAGCAGCCUACGCCCAGUCCUUCGGACGAUAAGUCUUCACCCACAGACAGUGACACAUCGCAACCGACGCCGUCUUCCAGCGACGACACUCAACCCACGUCCAGCUCGGACAAUGUGGCUACACCGACCUCGGAUAACAAUAAUCAGCCUACGCCUUCCAGCGACACCAACAAUCAACCUCAACCUACACCAUCCAAAGACAGCAGUCCCAGUAGCGAUGCCAGUCGUCCUACGCCUUCCCCAUCCGAUGACAAUAACAACAACCAUGCAUCGACCUCGGACAACGCCGAUAGCAGCAGCGACAAUAACAAGCCUUCUGCCACCAGCGACGGAGGUUCGCAGCCAUCGUCGUCGGAUGAUGCGCACUCCGAGAAUCAGCCUUCGCCUUCUAAUUCUGACAGCGCAGCAAAAGAAUCGUCCUCUUCUGGAUCCGAUUCUGGUUCGGGUUCUGGCUCGUCUACCAACAAGACUGGUGUCAUUGCCGGUUCAGUCGUGGGCGGUGUUGUGGGUCUUGCUUUAAUUGGUGGUUUGUUGACAUGGCUCAAUCGACGUGGCGGUUGCACUAGUCCUCGUCGUCGUCGUGGCGACCAAGCGUUUGAGAACGAUGAUUACGCCGUGGAUAUGUCAGACAACCGAAAUGAUCCUUUCACUCCUGCCGCAUCGCGUACACCUGAAAUGGCACCUUUCCAACCGGGCGCACGCCGUUUUGUUCCUCCUGUAAAUGAUUACAUGGAUCACAAUGGCAGCAAGUACAGCGAAGAAUACUACAUGCACGAUGCACCUCAUGAACAUCAACAACCUUCCUACUACACUCCUACUUCUCCCAUGGCGGCCGGUCAUGACGGUUAUGAGGGCUAUGAAGGUUAUGAUUGGUCACAAGGUUACAGCAAACCCGAUACGGUAGACAGUCACAAACCUAAUGUUCUGUAA